CCUCCUUCUGCACCCCCUGCCUUAGCCUUUGAAGCAACCACUUCACAAGCAGACGGGAGAGAGACCAAGGGGCCGGCCGGAGACGCGCAAAGCCAUAGCUCGGUUCCUGUUUGCAUCGAUCGUUGCGGUUGCGGAGAUGGGUCGCGGGAAGAUCGAGAUCAAGCGGAUCGAGAACGCCACGAACCGGCAGGUGACCUUCUCCAAGCGCCGGGGCGGGCUGCUCAAGAAGGCCAACGAGCUCGCCGUGCUCUGCGACGCGCGCGUCGGCGUCGUCAUCUUCUCCAGCACCGGCAGGAUGUUCGAGUACUCCAGCCCCGCCUCCAGCUUGAGGGAUCUCAUUGAGCAGUACCAGAACGCCACCAACAGUCAGUUCGAGGAGAUUAACCACGAUCAGCAAAUAUUUGUGGAGAUGACACGGAUGAGGAACGAGAUGGAGAAGCUGGAUGGCGCCAUCCGGAGGUACACGGGCGACGACCUCUCCUCCCUCUCCCUCGCCGACGUCAACGACAUCGAGCAGCAGCUCGAGUUCUCCGUCGCCAAAGUCCGUGCAAGAAAGCAUCAGCUCCUGAACCAGCAGCUCGACAACUUACGUCGCAAGGAGCAUAUCUUGGAAGAUCAGAACAGUUUUCUGUGCCGCAUGAUCAGCGAGAACCAGCAUGGUGGUGACGGGAAGAUGGCGGUGAUGCCGCCGGUGCUGUCGAUGCUGACGCCGGCCUUCCCGGCGACGCCGUACUACACGGGCGAGGAGUCGUCGAGCACCGCGCUGCAGUUGACGUCCCCGCAGCUUCAGCUCCACGCCGCCGAAGCCGCCGGGUUCCGGCUGCAGCCGACGCAGCCCAACCUGCAGGACCCGGCGUGCAGCAGCCUCCACGCCGGCCACGGCCUCCACCUCUGAGAUUUGAUAAUCACGCGGCGCCGGUGAUGGAUUGGUUGAUUCAUGAGCUCUCUGGAUUCAUGGAUUAUUUUAGGAAGAAGAAGAUCACGGUGGAUGGAAGAUUGACCCUUAUGAUGCAUGCAUGAGGACGACUAUUUAAUUUGGGAGCUAUAUGUAUGUAAGAUAAGAUUCCAAUUGUGUGUCGUGUGUCUUAGGCUGUUCUUUCAUCAUGUUGCGUACUUAUAAGCUAGCUAUAUACAAUUGCCUGGUCAAAUGUUGGUACGUACGUAGAAAUUAAAUAGGUGUGCACGCAUGGGGAUCGAGGACGAUGCAUACAUGUAAUAAUAAUAAGUUCAGAGUGAAUUCCACUUUUUAUAUAUCUCCCAUUUGUAAA